AUGCAUAUCAUUCUGCGUCAUACACACACACACACUAGUAUUCAUGUCCCCAUUUUGUCUUCUCAUCAUUUCCCACUGUCAGAUACAUCAAGGUCGAUUCCGAAUCAGAUUCCACAAUCUUCCAGUCGAUCCGGAAGUCAAAAUGGCAGGUGGGACUCGAAUAAAACAAGUGCGAUGAGUCAUGCGAUUUCUAGUGCAUUUUCUGUGUCAGAAUGGGAUAACACACCUUGCACUCCAUCCCAUGGCCUGGUGAAUCAAUCGCAAACUGAAGCCAGAUCUUCUGGUCUGCCUCAUCCACCAAGAAGCCGUCUUGAAUCAUCAACUCUCCAUUCAACUCUUCCAUUUUCCGCGUUAAAUCUCAUUGAAAGAGACAAAAUGGGACAAGAAAUUACUGGCCAACAUCUUGAUACUUCUGCUUUGAGAAUACCAGCUUCUACAUCGAACCAAACGUGUAUCCUGUCCACCACGGACGGCCCAAACUGCGAAACUAGUCCUGACUCAAACGGUGAGGGCUCGAUGACAGAGCACCAAGUAAGACUGAACGCCAGCCAUUCACCACAAAGCACUUUCUUGAGAAGUGACAGUAAGCGACAUCUGGGUGAGUCACAAAGUCCAACCAUGUUGUUCAAACGGUGCUCGAUGACAGAGCACCAAGUAAGACUGAACGCCAGCCAUUCACCACAAAGCACUUUCUUGAGAAGUGACAGUAAGCGACCGACAGAAGUACCAUCUUAUUUCGAUACCAUUUUCCAACACCUUCUGGAAGUUUACAACCAGGCAAAGUCGACGAAAGUCAGCGAACCACCAAUAGGCAAUCCGGUCAGUUUGUUCCUCUACGACGGAUUCUCAAAAGACCCACAGAAAUCAUCGACAGAUAACAAGCCACAAUGCAAACUACCUAGUUUGGUCCAAAGCAAUCUCUCGAUGGACCUAUUGAGACCAACAAACGUUUGGGUUGGAUCCAAUGGAACCCAUUCUGGAGUGCAUCAUCGCAACUCAGUUUCUUCGUCAAGUUCAUGCCUAAUGCCGGAAAAAAGACCCACAGAGGGGAACACAACAGCUAUAUUCCGACCAAGCGAGUGCUCCCUUCUUGUUGUUCUACAGAACGCUUCAAAAUGCCUCAACCAAUCCGAAACACAAGUCGAAAACGACGCGCUCCCGACUUCUUCUAUGAAGACAGGAAACGAUUUUGAGCCGAAUUCAUUUGGUCAGUCGGAAAACGGACUCACACCGACCCCCGAAAGCGAUGCCACUUCCAUUCAGACAGUGCCAAUUCCAAAGUUAUCGCAAGAAGCGAGUUAUUUUUACUACGGACUACAGCUGAUGGCCAAGUCGUUUAUGUCUCGCUACCUCCAUUCCAAUCCGAAUGAGAUUGAAACAGGGUCGGUCAUGAAAGCGCGGGUGAGUCGACGCACUACGCUGGAAGGUAACGGAUACACAGGGUUAACUCAGAAACAGCGGCACGUGGAGGCACGGCGAGCGCGACGCACGGACAGAAAGGUGGACCAACCGCGGUGCAGACACACCAUUAAUAUCUUCCGUAUACAUCUGGUUACUAUCCUGAAGCACCCAUCCGACACAGGUAUGGCAACAAUCAACUUCGACCAGGGACCGCACGUGUGUUGCUCACCGACUUCUAUGUUCCGAGAACCGUCCACUAAUGCCACAACCAGCGGCGCCAAAAGACGCCUCCACUGUCAGGUAUAUCGGCGCCGUAUACCUGGGCUUUCAUCAGUAGGAAUGGUACUCUUGACUUUUGGGGUCAGAACGUCAGUAUUAUCAGGAUCUUCUAUCCCUGGGACCUGUGGGAGGUCGCUCAGUAUCUCUUCCAUCUGA